UUGCUUGCGGCUGGUGCAAAUGUAAGCCAAGCAGAUGAUAAUGGUUUGGUUCCACUACAUAAUGCUUCCUCAUUUGGUCACGUUGAUGUGGUGAAAAUUUUGUUGGAAAACGGUGCUGAUACAAACGUUAGCGAUCACUGGGGAUUUACACCACUUCACGAAGCAGCUACAUGGGGAAAAGCUGAUGUUUGCGUCCUUCUGUUGCAGCAGGGUGCUUCAGCACAGAUUGAAAAUUCGGAUGGUAAAACACCGCAAGAUUUAGCUGACGGCGAUGCUAAAGCUGUUUUUACGGGUGACUAUAGAAAAGAAGAGUUAUUAGAAGCAGCAAAGAAUGGAAAUGAAGAAAUCUUACUCUCUUGUUUAACACCCUUCAAUGUUAACUGUCAUGCUGUUACUGGACGAAAGUCAACACCUUUACAUUUGGCUUGUGGUUAUAAUCGAGUAACAGCAGUUAAAAUCUUGCUGGAAAAGGGGGCCGAUGUUCAGGCUGUAGAUAUUGGUUGUUAUAGGGGCUUAGUACCACUUCAUAAUGCGUCUUCAUUUGGGCAUUUGGAAGUGGUCAAUUUAUUGCUGGAAGCGGGCGCCGAUUUACAAGCUGAAGAUUUAUGGAAUUUUACACCACUUCAUGAAUCUGCAAGUAAAGGACGUCUAGAGGUGGUGAGAUUACUGGUAGCUAGUGGAGCUGAUCCAACACGUAAAAUUGACAAUAUAAAAGCACCUAUCGAAUAUAUUACUGAUGAAGAUGCUAAAAAACAAGUGCUUCAUGAAUAUGAAGGUUAUAAAAUUUAUAUGGCGGCACAAAUUGGUGAUGUUCUUAUGUUGAAGAACCUGCUAAGUGAACGAGAUCCUAAUUACGUACAUCCGUGCCUAAAAGAAACUCCACUUCAUGCAGUUGCAGGCUCAACUCAUCAGAGAAGAAAAGUAAUUGCUGAAAUACUUUUGAAAAAUGGUUGUCCUUCUGGUGUCCUAAACAGAGAUGGUUUAUCUGCACUUCAUAUUGCGACAAAAAUGUGUUCAUAUGAUGUGUUGGAAGUAUUGAUAAAUUACGGAGUUAAUAUUAGUGAAUUGAAUAGCUGUGGUCAAACAGCACUCCACAUUGCAGCUGAAAAAGGAGACUUUGAUUUGUGCAAACGAUUGCUUAACUAUGGCUUACCAACUGAUCUGAAAGAUAAUGAACAAAAAACAGCAGCUGAUAUUGCAGGAAAUAUUGAAAUUAGAGAUUUAAUCAAUCGCUGGAGCCUAGAAAAAACAAACAUCAUAGAAAAGCGCUACAAAGGAAACAAAGGUGUAAAAUGUGGUAGACGAAGGGGUGGCUGUAAUUACUGUCUUGAAAGCCGAAAUCGCGGCAGUGGUUCUGGAAGCGCUCUUUCAAAUAAGCUUGAAACACCAGAAGUACACUGCAGUGCCACGAGACAUUCACAAGAAUUAGAUCUACUGGAUGCUGCAAGAUGCGGUGAUCUUUGUACAACAAAGCGCAUAAUUGAAAGUUAUGGAACAAAAAUUAUAAACUGUAAAGAUUUUGACGGUCGCGAAUCAACACCCUUACAUUUUGCUGCUGGAUAUAAUCGGGUAGAAGUACUGAAGUAUCUAUUGGAAAAGGGCGCUAAUGUCGAAGCAAGGGACACAGGUUGGUUAGUUCCGCUGCAUAAUGCAUGUGCAUACGGGCACUUGAUUGCUGCAGAAUUACUUGUAAAGCAUGGCGCUGAUUUAAAUGCCAUCGAUAAAUGGGGAUAUACUCCUUUGCACGAAGCCGCUUUAAAGGGGAAGUUUGACGUCUGUAAACUUCUUCUCCUUAAUGGUGCUGACCCGAAGCAUAAGGGACGUGAUGGAAAGAUUCCGUUGGAUGUUGUCAGAGAAGGGGCGGAAGACGUGUAUAAUUUGCUGCGCGGUGAUGAAGCGGUGCUUGAGGCAGCUAAAGAAGGUGAUGUUGAAAAAAUUCGGAAAAUCAUUAUCCCAGAAACUGUCAAUUGUCGCGAUGUUCGAGGACGUUUUUCAACACCGUUACAUUUGGCCGCUGGCUAUAACAAUUUGGAAGUUGCGCGAUUUUUGCUUGAAAAUGGUGCAGAAGUUAAUUUGAAAGAUAAGGGUGGUCUGAUACCAUUACACAAUGCGAGCAGUUUUGGACACCUGGAAAUUGCCAGCUUGUUAAUUGAAUAUGGAGCCGAAGUGAAUCAUCCUGAUAAAUGGGGAUAUACUCCUCUGCAUGAAGCUGCCCAGAAAGGUCGUACUCAGAUUUGUUCACUACUUCUAAAUAGCGGUGCGGAUGUUACAUUGAAAAAUAACGAAGGUUUUACUGCACUGGAUAUUACUGUUGCAGAAGACACGAAAGUGUUGUUAAUGAGCGCAGUGCCGGUGGAUCUGAAAAAAUUAACAGCUGUCCAUGUUGUGGGUGAUGCAAGUGGAUCAGUGGUUGAUUUACCAAUCCCAUCUUUUGUGCGGGAGAUUCCGAAUAAUGCAGCUAAUGACAUGCGAUUAAGAAUGGUUACUUGUUUGAGACAAGAUACAAAUUUAGGAACUGAAAAAAUAGAAUGGAACGAGUAUGAAACAAUGUUCUCUAUGGAUAAGUAUUUGCUAUCGAUUGGUCUAAGUUCGCUAUCGAAUCUAUUUGCUAAGGAAAAAAUUACAUUGGAUGUUCUAGCUGUUAUGACACAUGAUGAUUUGAAAGCUAUCGGUAUUGAUGCUUUUGGAACCCGCUUUCGAUUGCUUAACAACAUUGGAAAAUGCGUAGAGAAAAAUAACAAAAAUAGGAAUUCGCCGAAUAAUAUCCAUAUACCACUAUCGAUGGGCACAGUGUUAGUACAAAUUGAGCGUUCAAAUGAAAUCUUCCAGCAAAUCGAAGAAGAAAUGAAUUCUACGAUUGUAUCACACCAAGAUCUUGGUUUGGGCGGAACAUACACCAAGUUUGAAGUAGUUGAAAUACAGAAAAUUAUCAACAAAAAAGUUUAUGAAAGAUAUAUACGACGUCGUGGAGAUAUAGCAGAAGAGAAUUGUGGUGAGCAUAACGAGAAAUUUUUGUAUCAUGGAUCACCGUUUAUACACUGCAUUGUACAGAAAGGUUUCGAUGAAAGAUAUUCAUAUAUGGGUGGUAUGUUCGGUGCCGGCAUUUAUUUUGCGGAGCAUUCGAGCAAAAGUAAUCAGUAUGUAUUUGGUAUGGCAGGCAGUGGUUGCAAUCUUCACCAUGAUCGUUCUUGUUACAUCUGUGUACGGCAUUUAUUACUUUGUCGAGUGACGUUAGGAAGAUGCUUUGUACAGAAUUCUUGUAACAAGAUGGCACAUUCACCACCUGGUCAUCAUUCAGUGAUGGGACAACCACGUGCAGGUGGUUUAAAUUAUCCAGAAUAUGUCAUAUAUAGAGGAGAGCAAGCCUAUCCGGAAUAUGUGGUCAUUUAUCGAAUAGUUAAUGACAAUUUGGGGCCUGCUUCGUAA